GCCCAGUUACAAAUUGCAACUCUCCUCUUCUGCCAUUUUUAUAUUUAGAACCUACGUUUUGUGAAUAGUUGUUAACUGGGUUUUGAGUCCUUAAAGUUGGUGAACAUAUUUUGUAGGUCAUUUGUCAGGUUGAUAAGCAUGUAUGGAAGUUAGAAAGACUUGAUAGCCUCCAGUAAGAUUAAUUUGGAAGAUUGUAUCAAGAAGAGGAGUGCCAUCUUAAACUAUCUGGGGCCCAACUGUUCAUUCCUCAAGAGGAGGCAAAAUGUCAAGACCUCCAUCCUCACAGACCACCCCCCAGUUCCACAGAGUCAGUGAAAGAGAUCUUACAGAGAUCGAGCUUCACUCUGUGGACUCCAUCAAUGACCUCCACAGAACACACCCUGAACACAGCCAAAAAGGUACACACACACACACACGCGCGCACGCACGCACGCACACCUUUCACACAAUCAAAAAGGUACACCUGCACCUUUAACACAACAAGGUACUCACACACACUUUUUUCACAACUUAACAGGUACAGGCAUACCUUUAAAGCAAUCAAGAAAGGAACACACUGCUUUAAUGCUACCAAAAAGAUAUAUGUCCACCUUUAACACAAACAAAAAGGUACUCACACAUUUAAUGCAACUAAAAAAGUACACACACUUUUAACACAGUCAAAAAGGUACAUGCACCUUAAACACAUCCAAAACAGUACACACACGCUUUGAGCACAAGAGUUAAGGUGGACACAGUAAAAUAAACAAAAAGGUAUAUACACAGAACACAGCCAAUAAUGGAUAUGCACACUAUCCAAACGCAGCUAAAAACUGACAUACAUUCUGAAAACGGCCCUAAUGUACACGCUUACUGUUUACACAGCUAAAAAUGCAAAUACAGCUACUCAUAACACACUUAAAAAGUAACACACACACACACACACACACACACACACACACACACACACACACACACACACACACACACACACACACACACACACUUAGAAGAUGGCAAAAUGAUACUCCAACACUCCUAAAACAGCCAAAAGAUACAUACACACUCCAAAACUGGCAAAAAAUUUCUAACACAGUUUCUCAACACAAGUAAAUGUGCAUGCAUCUAAAAACUGCCUCAAGAGAGAACAGAAAACAGGCAUAAGCUGCACAUUUACACACAUUUAUACAUACAUGCAAGAACUUUUUUGAUCCACAAAGUGAAGUUUGUUUGUCUGGAAUCUUAUGCCAUCUAUUAUUUAUAGAAGGUUUUAAAAAAAAGUCUAAUGGCUGUCAGUACAAAAAAUCUCCUGAAUCUCUUCAUCUUGCAGCAAAGAGAGAGGAGCCAUCGACUCCAGGUUUUUUUUUAACACAUACACAGUACAAAAUAAUAGUUAUGGUUCAUAACUUGAAACUUUAAAGAAAUGAUUCAUACAUAGCCAAAGUAUACACUCACCAACAUGGUAACACAAAAUGCUAAGACAGCACAUAAUACAAAACAACCCCCCCCCCCCCCCCCAUCCAGCAUAGCAGAGAUACACUGGCCAAAAUAUACAAAGAGCACAAGCACAACAGAGACUUUUUCAACACUUUGACUCUUGUUUGUGUGAUUUCAGGGGUUAGGCCUCCUCGUCCUGCUUACUCACCAUCUCUCAAUGGAAAUCUCUUCACCUGUGAUAUGUCAGCUGUUAAUCAAAGACGCCGUCCAGUCAGCAGCAAAUGGCAGACCCGUCUACAGGACAUGUUAACACCAAGUUCAUCCCAUGCUUAUGCUAUGGGCUGUGCCAUCAUCACCUUGCUUCUCUUAACAGUGUUUCUCAUCUUCUAUUUUUUGGGUAACAUAGAUUCAUUUUUUAAAAAUAAUAUUCAAUGAAAAUUCCUGUUUCACUUCACCUAUUUUGCUUUCCGGUUUCCGGUUCAUAAUGCAUUUGUGAUUCUACAUGAAACUGUUUUUCAGUUAAUUUUCUCCUUCAAGUUUUGUCAUGUAAUAGAAAGAUACGUGAAGACUCCAUGAACCCAAACCAUGUUUAGUGUGACUGAAAACUCAGUGUUGUCUUUGUCUAUUUCUCCUCCAGUCCAGCAGGGUGGAGCAGUCCAGAUGCUGACAGAGGCAGUGAGGGAGAAAGAGGAAACAGCCAAAGAGCUGUCACUACUGAUCCAAGAACUGCAAGCACUCAGAAAAAACCUGACAGUCAUGAGAGGGGGGUCAUGAGGAGGUUGCAUGGACACUUUAACAUGCAACAUUCAUGAUAUCAUAGAGAGACUCUGUAGAAUGAAGUAAACUGUGGAUUAUUCCAUGAAGAGGAAAGAUUUGUCAAACAAAUCCUCAUACCUUUUUCAUAACUAAAUGUAACCAUGUAACGGGAUGGUGUGCAUGAACAUGUUGGAUGGUUUGUGACAACUUUUCUUCUCCAAUGGUCACACAAAAGACCUCUCACUGCACUCUGUUUGUCCUACAACAGAACUGUCAUGACAGCUGUAAAGCCGUUUGGAUUAAAUGAAAGGAGACAGAAUAUCUUGUGUCACACUAGAUGUCUUUAUGUGACACUCAAGAUAUAAAGGUCUACCAGCUGUUUUAAUUUUACACUGCCUCUAACUUACUUAAGUGUAGUUUAUUCAACAUGGUGCAUCAUGGUGGACUGAAAAAUACUUUGCAGGCUUUGAUCCUCACUUAAAACAAUAAAAACAAAAAAAGCCUAUACUUGUCUCCUUGUAUUAUCCAUAUUUUCUUCAUUUAUGAUUGCUUACCCUUUCUCUUAGUUUACUGAUUUCCAUGACAGAAUGACAUCUUCUCAAAUUAACAUGGUUUUCAUCUU